UGAGAGGAGGAGAGAAAAGAGAGAGAGAAGUGUGGCAGAAUGCCUCUGAUGAAGAGACAGCCGUUUACACGCAGAGAGCCGAGUUAAGCAGGUGCUGCUGUUUCAUUCACACACUUCUAAAACCACUUGUGCUCACGUCCAGCCGGAAUGGCUGUAAUAUAGCACCUUUACUUCCGCACUGCUUUUGCCAUUAGAGGUGUCUGGCUGACAUGCUGAAGACAGGAGAGAUGGACAGAAGGAUUGUGGGGAGAGGAGGAGUUAAGAGGAGCAAAUAUAUAGUGCCAUGCUUCUUGUUAGUAGAGCUGGUGAUCAUGGCAGGAACGGUUCUCCUGGCAUAUUACUUUGAGUAUACGGACACAUUCCCGGUGCACGUUCAAGGAUUCUUCUGCUUUGAUAAAGCCUUCUCCAAGCCGUAUCCAGGACCUGAAGACGACAGCAAAGCUCCCCCGGUGCUGGUGUAUUCUCUGGUCACCGCCAUCCCUACUGUCACAAUACUGAUGGGGGAGCUCGCAUCCUUCUUCACUAAACCUGAGGCCACACAGGAGAAAACCAUUAUAGCGGCUGACUGCUGCUUUUUCAACCCACUGCUGAGACGCAUCGUACGCUUCCUUGGUGUGUAUUCUUUUGGCCUCUUUACCACCACCAUCUUUGCCAAUGCAGGGCAGGUAGUGACAGGAAACCAGACACCUCACUUCCUGUCUACAUGCCGGCCAAACUACACCGCACUGGGCUGCCAUUCAGCGCUGCAGUACAUCACAGAGCGGAGAGCCUGCACCGGGAACCCGUACCUCAUCACCUCUGCCCGCAAAUCAUUCCCCUCGAAGGACGCGGCACUGAGUAUGUACUCCGCUGUCUAUACGGUGAUGUAUGUAACUCUGAUAUGGAAGACUAAAGGCACAAGGCUGACCAAACCCACUCUCUGUCUGACUCUCGUGUCAUUGGCUGUUCUGGUGGGCAUCGUGCGUGUAGCCGAGUACCGCAACCACUGGUCUGAUGUUCUCGCUGGAUAUCUCACUGGAGGAGCUAUCGCUGCUUUUCUGGUCUCAUGUGUGAUCAAUAACUUCAAGCAGACCCAGACUUAUCUGCCCCCCUUACCGCCCCCUGUGCACCCUCAGCGCCUGGAGCCCUCGCUCAACAUGCCCAUGGUGGCCAUGCCCUGCGUAGAGAGUCCACUCGAAAACAGGUUCCAGGGGUUUUAUACACAGGCAUCACAUGACCAUCAGCCAUACCUGGCCCCCGCCCCUCCCGAUGUCCUGAUCCACUCACGUCGCUCCAUGUCCAGCGCAGUCUAGACAUGCCUUCAGAAUAUUCCACCUGCGCCCGCCCUAGACCCUCUCUCACGAGAUCAUACUCCACUCAGGUCUAGAGGAUCCUGAACUCCCCUCUACUGACAGAGACAAUAUCACAGCAAUAUCCACACAUUUCAAUCGGGAAUAUCGUUUUUUAAUGAGAGCGUUUCAUGUUUAUCUAAAUCCUUUUGGUUUCCGUCUCUUGUCUUGUCUUGAGUGUUUUUUUAAAGGAAAGUGUUUGAACUGAUAAUAACCGUCCACCUGUAAUUUUGCAGAUUAUUACCAUUAUUAAUGGCAGAUGUUGACAUAUGAACAUUUUAUGUACAUUCUAAGAAGAUUUUCUCAUCUGACAGCCAUACAGAAACUGAAUAUCAACUGUGAAAUUUAAGUUUUAAACAUUCAGCUUUUACUGAUAUUUAAGAGUGAAAAGUGGAAACAAACAAUUCUAUUUUUGGAAAUAUCGAUUGGUAGGAUGUAGCAAUCUACUAGUAAAUGUAUUUGAAAGAUAAUAAAUAGAUUAUUAGCACUAUUUUUAUGGCUAAGUAUUUCGGUUAAGUA